UCCACAGAGACAUAGCACAAAAUCAUACCAUGCCAAACUACAAACUCAUUUAUUUUAAUAUGAGGGGGAGAGCAGAAAUUAUUCGUUACAUAUUUGCUUAUUUGGACAUAAAAUAUGAAGACCACAGGAUAGAACAAGCUGAUUGGACUGAAGUCAAAUCAACUCUUCCAUUUGGUAAAAUCCCCAUUUUGGAAGUCGAUGGACUUAACCUUCACCAGAGCCUGGCAAUAGCAAGAUAUUUGGCCAAAAACACAGAUUUGGCUGGAAAAACAGAAUUGGAACAAUGUCAAGUUGAUGCAAUUGUGGACACUUUGGACGAUUUCAUGUCACGUUUUCCCUGGGCAGAGAAAAAACAAGAUAUAAAAAAUCAGAUGUUUAAUGAGCUACUUACAUAUGAUGGACCUCAUCUGCUGCAAGAUUUGGACACAUACUUAGGGGAAAAGGAAUGGCUUAUUGGUAACUCUGUUACUUGGGCAGAUUUCUACUGGGAAAUUUGCAGUACCACACUUUUGGUCUUUAAACCUGACUUGUUGGACAUCCAUCCCAGGCUGGUAACAUUACGGAAGAAAGUGCAAGCCAUUCCUGCUAUCGCUGACUGGAUACAACGAAGGCCCCAGACCAAACUCUAGGCUACUGGGGAGGAGCUAAACAUUACCAACUGUUAACUGAACUGCCCUCACUGCCCCAUUCAUGUUUUGAAGCUCUAUAUUGCAAUGUGACUGUAUUUGGAGACGGGGCCUUAAAGAAGGUAAUUAAGGUUAAAUGAAAUCACAAGGAUGGGGACCCAAUCCCCACCUUAAGAGAAAGAAAUGCCAGGGAAGUGUGCGCACAGAGAAAAAGACAUGUGAGGACAUGGUGAAAAGGUGGCCACCACCUGCAAAUGAAGGAGAGAGGCCUCGGGAGAAACCAAACCAGCCAACACCUUGGUCUUAGACCCAGC